AAUCUGUGGCCUUGGUCCAUUCCAGGAUUUCAACAUCUAGCAACCUGGCUAGGCUUCCAUGUAGGAAUUAAGAGAGCACACAGGAGAGCAAACUCAUCUCGCCCCAUGGCUCCGCCUCCAGGUAAGCUGAUGGACACGAUCAGAAGGCCGGUCGCAGCAGCUUCAUCUCUCCAUCAUUCAGCGGCGAAGCAUCUGGCCAUCUUGGCUCAUAGGAACGGGGUUAACAGGAGGUACCUCCUCACUCUACUGGCAUCCGCCGCAGCCAUACCUGAGGCCGGUGAAUCAAGAAAAGCCCUAUUGCAAGAUUAUGUGAAGAAAUCAAAGGAAAACAAAGAAAAGAAUGACAAGGAGAGGCUGGACGACUUUUACAAGAGGAAUUACAAGGAUUAUUUUGGUUUCAUGGAAGGCUCGGUUAGAGAGAAGCCAGUGGAGGAGCUCACGGAGUCGGAGAAAGGAAUUCUCGCAUGGCUUGACAAGAACAAGUAGCUAGUGUUGAGCAUGAGAGGAGCACGCCAGCCACCAAAUGGCUGAAACAGCUUUUUCGAUAGGAAAAUUCCUUGCCCGGUUAAGUUCUCAAGGAGUUAAUAAGCUUAGCAUUUAGCACCUCACUCGCCUCUUAAAUCUGGUGCAACUUGUUCCGUUUCAUCAUUGUCGUCUCAUCUGUGCAGCACAAAUCUUUGCUUGA